AUGGCAGACUCCUCAACUUGUCUUCCUCUAGUCCCCCAGUCGGUCACAGACGCUCAUACCAAAAUCAAAGAGCAUAUACACCGGACUCCACUCCUCACCUCGAAAACAAUCAACGAUAUUGCAUCGUCCCCAGACCCUGCGAUCUAUUUAUCCGACUCUAUCGCCAAUCCCAGCAAGCCUUUUGACUCGGAACACACCGAUGGCGUGCCCAAGUUCAAUCUCUUCUUCAAGUGUGAAAACUUUCAACGGAUCGGCGCAUUCAAGGCUCGAGGGGCUUUCUACGCCAUCACGAGACUGAUCGACACCAUGACUUUACCGGUCCUUCGCGAGAAGGGGGUCAUCACCCAUAGCUCGGGAAACCAUGCACAGGCACUGUCGUUGGCAGCCCACACAUUCAAGGUGCCUUCCUACGUCGUGAUGCCUCAAAUCAGCACGUCAAGCAAGGUCUUGGGUGCCAAGCGGUACGCAAAAGAGGUCAUUUUCUCGGGAAGCACGAGUCACGAAAGAGAGGCGGCCAUGGCCCAGGUACAGGCAAGAACAGGAGCAAUUUUUGUCCCGCCUUUUGAUCAUCCUGACAUCGUGCUCGGCCAAGGGACGGUGGGAAGGGAGAUGUCGGAACAGUUUCAGGAGCUACUGGUAGAUGAGAAGGCACAGUUGGAUGCAGUCCUCUCCCCUAUUGGUGGCGGUGGGCUGCUGGCCGGGAUUGCGACAUGGUUUAGCGACAAAGAGACGACAGUGUUUGGUGCAGAACCUAGCUUUCAAGGAGCAGAUGAUGCGAAAAGGGGACGCCGUGCUGGUAGCAGGAUCACCAGCGUCCGGAGCUUAACCAUCGCAGACGGGCUGAGAAUGCCGGUGGGAUUGGUGAAUUGGGAAAUUGUCCGGGACAAGAAGAAGGUCGAAGAGAUCUACAGCGUAAGUGAGGACGAGAUCAAGAUGACAAUGAGGCUCGUGCUGGAGCGGAUGAAACUGGUCGUAGAGCCGAGUGCCUGUACGACGCUCGCUGUAGUCCUCUUCAACCCUGACUUCAGAAGACUGGUUGCGGAGAGCCAGAACGGGCGGCCGUGGAAUGUAGGGGUUGUAUUCAGCGGUGGAAACACCACGGUCAAGAUAAUCAGUACUUUGUUCGCCGACGAUGAUGCGAGCCCCAAAGAAAAGAGCUGA